AUUCUGAUUACUUCAUCGUUUGCUCUUGCUAGAAUGUUUACAGUAAGGCUAGAGUAGGACAGUACACUAUGCAUGUCUUCGUUUUGCCGGUGACUCAAAACAAAACGUAGAGCAGUAUUAACCCUCAUCAAUAUGUAUGUUUAGAAUAUAUUCAGAAUAGUCAUCAUAUCAAAAAAAGGAACUGAGUAUAAAUAUGUUCGUAUUAGUCCUGCUUGCCGAGUUUUAACUGUGAUAAUUCUUUAAUUAUUUUAACUCUUACUUCCUUAACCUGGACUAUUCUACCAAAUUCCCCCUCACCCGCCUCGACCGCUCAAACGGGCCAACAUCUAACAGCUAAAAGCUUCUCACUCAGCCUCUAAUUCUUGACAGCUGCUUUCGACAUUAUAGAGUUCACACGUGCAGUUGUAUUUCAAAAUAGUGGCUUUCGUCAAGUCAAACGCAUUAUCCCCCAAAAGCUUUUAUACUUAUGUCAAGCAUGGGAUCACAAACCACAGCGCCUAAUGGGGCAACAGACUCCAGACCUGUUUUAUUCUUCGACAUUGACAAUUGUCUUUACCCCAGAAGUGCCAAAGUCCAUGAUCUAAUGGCAGACCUAAUAGACAGAUACUUUGCGACGCAUCUAGGUCUUCCAGAAGAAGAAGCCAUCAAGCUUCACCAAGAGUACUACAAGAACUACGGUCUUGCCAUCGAGGGUCUAGUACGGCAUCAUCAAAUCGAUCCCCUGGACUACAACGCUAAGGUCGAUGACGCUUUACCUCUCGAGGACGUCAUCAAGCCUGAUCCGCAGCUGCGGAAACUACUCGAGGACAUCGACAAGUCUAAAGUGAAAUUAUGGCUUCUCACCAAUGCAUACGUCACGCAUGGCCGGAGAGUCGUUAGGCUUCUAGGCAUAGAAGACCAGUUCGAGGGCCUUACUUACUGCGACUACUCGCAAAUUCCUAUUGUCUGCAAACCACAUAAGGACAUGUUUGCUAAGGCGAUGAAGGAGGCAGGAGUAGAAAAGGUCGAGGACUGCUACUUUGUUGACGAUUCAUUCGCCAAUGCACAAGGUGCGCAAAACCUAGGCUGGACAUCAGUUCACAUUGUCGAGGAGGGACUACCAGUCCCGGCAUCCCCGGCGUCCAAAUACCAGAUCAGACACCUAGAGGAGCUACGGGGGGUAUUCCCGCAAUUCUUCAAGUCGGAAAACUAAGCAUAAGCAGCAUGUAAUAUAGAGCCCGGGGAUGGCAUACGGCAUGGAUCGAGGCGUUUUGGGUAUAUCACCAUCAGAAGGGGACAAUAGAGCUCCAUGUUAUAGAAAACCAUA